CCUUCCAAAAAGUUCCCCCUUACGACACCCUUCUCAAUAAUAACCAACAGGCGACUUGUCCUCCAAACCUCAAUGUCGUACCUUUGAACCUUCAUCAUUUCUUUUCUUUACAUUCUUUCCGGUCAUACGAUUAAUUCGAGCUUACUGGUUCAUUCUUAGGGAAACUGGGCUUUUAGAAGCUCUUUCAAUUCACAGAGCUUCUUGAUUUUUAUCUGAAGUACACAAUGGCACGUAGUGGAAAAUCCGUGCACGCGGAUCUCGCAAGAGGCUCAAAGAGCCCUUCAAGGCAACCUAUUGCUAAAAAGCCAACGGACUAUACCUCUGAAGGUGUUGAGGAUCGAGAUGUCUUCCUCCUACCUGGCUCCGAUUAUCAGGUUAUGAUACUCCUGACACUCUUGGGAGCUGUUGUCAGACUCUUCAGGAUUUAUCAACCUAGCAGCGUGGUAUUUGAUGAAGUCCAGUAAGUUUUUGUGGUGUAAUUGGCUUCUAUCACUAGAAUAAACGCUCACAUUUGUUAUCUUAGCUUUGGCGGUUUUGCCUCGAAAUACAUAAAGGGUAAAUUCUUUAUGGACGUACAUCCUCCUUUGGCAAAACUAUUGAUAACACUUGCGGGAUUCUUGGCUGGAUUUGAUGGAGAAUUUGACUUUAAAGAUAUCGGAAAAGAUUAUGUAGAACCAGGUGUACCAUAUGUCGCUAUGAGAUUAUUGCCAGCUAUUUGCGGCAUACUUUUGGUUCCUACAAUGUUCUUAACUCUCAAGGCCGCAGGUUGCAGAACCAUGACAGCUGCCAUGGGAGCUGGAUUGAUUGUAUUUGGUGUGUUGAUCUCUCGAGCAUUACCAUCCGGACAUUCAGCCUAACUUUUUUUUUUACAGAAAACGGAUUACUUACCCAGGCACGGUUAAUUCUUCUCGACUCUCCUCUUAUGAUUAUGACCGCUUUUACUGCGCUUGCGUUCACGUCAUUUACGAAUCAACAUGAACAAGGACCUACGAAAGCCUUUCAAUUGAGCUGGUGGUUUUGGUUGAUUAUGACAGGUCUUGGUUUGGGUGCGACCGCCAGUGUCAAAUGGGUUGGCCUUUUCACAAUUGCUUGGGUCGGUAGUCUUACUGUAUUGCAACUGUGGGUGUUGCUCGGAGACGCAAGAACGGUCACACCAGUAAGUAUCAUGAAAUCUUAUGAAAUUAUCAUAUACUGAUGAUGACAGCGAAUUUUCGCCAAGCACCUUGUGGCACGAAUCUUUUGUCUUAUUAUCAUCCCCCUAACAUUCUAUAUGGCUAUGUUUGGUAUUCAUUUCCUAUGUCUCGUCAACCCAGGAGAUGGCGAUGGAUUCAUGAGCUCUGAAUUCCAAGCAACUCUCAACUCCAAGUCCAUGCAAGAUGUUCCCGUCGACGUCGCUUUCGGAAGUCGAGUUAGCAUUAGACAUCACAACACUCAGGGUGGAUAUUUACACUCUCACAACCUCAUGUAUCCUACCGGUAGCAAGCAACAGCAAAUCACCUUGUACCCCCACAAAGACGAGAACAACGUUUGGCUCUUGGAGAACCAAACACAGCCACUUGAUAUCAAUGGUCAGCCGAUCAAUGGUUCACUAGCUUGGGAUGCUUUAUCAGAGCCAAAUUACAUUAAAGACGGUGAUAUCAUCAAGUUGUACCAUCAAUCUACAAGUCGCCGACUUCAUUCUCACGACGUUCGACCACCAGUCACCGAGGCUGACUGGCAGAAUGAGGUUUCUGCCUACGGCUACGAAGGAUUCGAAGGCGAUGCUAACGAUUUUUUCCGUGUCGAGAUCAUUAAAAAGAUGUCUGACGGAGAAAUAGCCAAGACUCGCGUACGAACAAUUCAAACCAAGUUCAAACUCGUCCACAUUAUGACUGGAUGUGUCUUGUUCUCUCAUAAAGUCAAGCUUCCUGAAUGGGCUUCGGAGCAGCAGGAGGUCACAUGUGCUAAGGGAGGAACUCUUCCUAACAGUGUUUGGUAUAUUGAGCAAAAUGAGCAUCCUCAACUUGGAGCCGAGGCAGAAAAAGUUAACUACAGAAAUCCAGGUUUCUUUGGCAAGUUCUGGGAGCUCAACAAGGUCAUGUGGCACACGAAUGCUGGUUUAGUUGAAUCCCAUGCUUGGGACUCACGUCCUGAUUCUUGGCCUAUUCUCAGACGAGGUAUUAAUUUCUGGGGCAAGGACAAUCGCCAAAUUUACCUUAUCGGUAACCCGGUAAUUUGGUGGAGCUCGACACUGGCAGUUGCUAUCUUCAUCGCCUUCAAAGGUCUUGCUGUUCUUCGUUGGCAAAGAGGCUUUAGAGACUACGACAACCCGGUUUUCAAGCGAUUUGAUUACGAAAUUGGAACCAUUGUUCUUGGAUGGGCCUUCCACUAUUUCCCGUUCUACCUGAUGCAACGUCAGCUUUUCCUCCAUCACUACUUUCCCGCACUUUACUUCGCCAUCAUUGCGUUGUGCCAGACUUUCGAUUUCAUCACUGGCCGUGUCCCUGGUAUUGGCUUACGCGAACGUCCCUUCAUUGGAAAACUUGGCGCAAUUAUCUUCCUAGCACUAAGCAUUGUUGUUUUCGCUCUCUACUCUCCGUUGGCAUAUGGUAACCCAUGGACACAAUCAGCCUGCAAAAAGGUCAAACUUUUUGAGAAAUGGGACUGGGACUGCAAUACCUUUUUGAACGAUGUAAGUUAGGUGUUUAUUCUGUCAUCACAACUCCUUUUUUAUUAAAAUGAGAAUAUAUGCUAAUCUUCAUAGUACUCUGAUUAUGCGACUCAGUCUAUCAAUGCAAAUGCUGAUGUUCACAAAACUGAUUCACCAUUGAUUCCAACUAAUGCUGCUGACGUCCCAGCACAGGCUGCGGCUGGUGAGCAGAAACCUCUUUUGAACCAAGAGAAUAUAUCAGGGGCACCAGAAGGAAAACCAGAAGGUUUGGUGUCUCCACCACCAGCUGCACCUGUCGCUAGCCAUAGCAUUGUUUCUCGAGAGGAGAAGGUUGAAUACAGGGAUCAAGACGGCAAUAUUCUUGACCCUGAGGCGGUAAAAUCUCUCGAAGGGAAGGUCAGCUUUAAGACCAGGUAUGAAACCAGAACUCGCAUGGUGGAUGCUCAAGGCAAUGAGAUCAACCCGCCAGAGGAAGCAGCAGCUGGAGUUGCACCACCACAUCCUGAUGUCGAGGGUUCUGAUCCUCAAACAGUCGGCAAGGCAGAGCCUGAUGUUCAGGAGGAGCCAGCAGCACAAGCUGAAGUGCAGGCUGAUGAGAGCAAGGAGCAAAGCAUUGAGAAGUCCGACGGCGGUGCUGCUAAGCCAGCCAGUGAAGGAAACGAGGCGACAGCAGUUUAGGAUUUUCUUUUUCUUUUGUCAUGUCUGGAAUCCAGAAGGAAGCGCGGAGAAUAUUUGGCCGUAAGACCCUUGUAACAUAAACACAUGUGACAGUGACUCUAUUAAUUCAAAAUGGAAAAUUUGUGCAAUAUCUU